GAGAGGCCGCCGCCAUCUCCGGGUACCGCCGCUCCGGGCGCGGCCGGGCCGGGCAGUCGGGCCGGCCGUGGGGCCAUGAGGAGCCGCAGCAACUCGGGGGUGCGCCUGGAUGGCUACGCCCGCCUGGUCCAGCGGACCAUCCUCUGCCACCAGAACCCAGUGACGGGGCUGCUUUCAGCUGGGACAGACCAUAAGGAUGCCUGGGUACGGGACAACAUCUACAGCAUCCUGGCCGUGUGGGGGCUGGGAAUGGCGUAUCGGAAGAAUGCGGACCGGGAUGAGGAUAAAGCCAAAGCCUAUGAGCUCGAGCAGAAUGUUGUGAAGCUGAUGCGGGGACUCCUGCAGUGCAUGAUGAGACAGGUAGAUAAGGUAGAGAAGUUCAAACGCACUCAGAGUACCAAAGACUGCCUCCAUGCCAAGUAUAACUCUGCAACUUGUGCUACGGUGGUUGGGGACGACCAGUGGGGGCAUCUGCAAGUGGAUGCAACUUCCCUUUAUCUGCUCUUCUUGGCACAGAUGACUGCAUCAGGGCUACGUAUUAUCUUCACUCUCGAUGAAGUUACCUUUAUCCAGAAUCUUGUUUUUUACAUAGAAGCUGCCUACAAAGUUGCUGAUUAUGGAAUUUGGGAACGUGGUGAUAAGACAAACCAAGGAAUCCCUGAACUGAACGCGAGCUCCGUAGGGAUGGCCAAAGCUGCUUUGGAAGCAAUUGAUGAACUAGAUCUUUUUGGAGCUCAUGGAGGACACAAAUCAGUGAUUCAUGUUCUUCCUGAUGAAGUAGAACACUGUCAGUCUAUUCUGUACUCCAUGCUGCCAAGGGCGUCCACUUCAAAGGAGAUAGAUGCUGGCCUUCUCUCUAUUAUUUCUUACCCAGCUUUUGCAGUGGAGGAUGUAAACCUUGUUAAUGUAACCAAGAGUGAAAUCAUAUCCAAAUUGCAGGGCCGCUAUGGCUGCUGUCGCUUUCUCCGAGAUGGUUACAAGACACCCAGAGAGGAUCCAAGCAGGCUGCACUAUGAUCCUGCUGAGCUCAAGCUCUUUGAGAAUAUUGAAUGUGAGUGGCCAGUAUUCUGGACAUACUUCCUAAUUGAUGGAAUAUUUAAUGAGGACAAAAUCCAGGUGCAAGAGUACAGAGAGGCUCUGGAAGGAAUACUUAUUAGAGAGAAGAAUGGAUUAGUGCUAAUGCCUGAAUUGUAUGCAGUCCCUUCAGAAAAGGUGGAUGAGGAGUAUGAAAAUCCUCACUCAGUGGAUCGUGUCCCAGUGGGAAAGUUACCACAUCUUUGGGGCCAGUCAUUGUAUGUCCUGAGCUGCCUGUUAGCAGAGGGGUUUCUUGCUGCAGGUGAAAUUGAUCCCUUAAACAGGAGAUUUUCCACUGGAUUUAAACCUGAUGUUGUGGUACAAGUAACUGUUUUGGCGGAAUCUAAUCAAAUCAAGAAUCUCUUGCAAGACCAUGGAAUCAAUGUUCAGAGCAUUGCUGAUAUCCAUCCACUCAGAGUGCAGCCAGCUCGCAUCCUCAGCAACCUCUACACCAUGCUGGGCCGGAACAAGAGCAUGAAAUUAAGUGGCCGGCCACACCGACACAUUGGGGUGUUGGGCACCUCCAAGCUCUACGUGAUAAGAAAUCAAAUAUUUGCUUUCACCCCUCAGUUUACUGACCAGCAUCACUUCUAUCUGGCUCUAGACAAUCAGAUGAUUGUGGAGAUGCUCAAGACAGAGCUGGCUUACCUCACUUCUUGCUGGAGGAUGACAGGGAGACCAACCUUGACAUUUCCCAUCACCCACACAAUGCUUGUUGAUGAUGGUACUGACAUUCAUCCAGCAGUUCUUGCCACAAUAAGAAAAUUAGAGGAUGGUUAUUUUGGAGGUGCAAGGGUGAAGAUAGGCAAACUAUCAGAAUUUCUUACCACCUCUUUUCAUACAUAUCUGAGCUUCCUGGAUCCAGACUGUGACCUAAAACUGUUUGAUGACCGUAAUGAAGACUGCAAUAGUCCUGACAGUGAAUAUGGAGACUACCCAGCAGACUUCUGUGAAAAAGAUAGCCAGGAUGAGCUGGAUCAGUAUAUAAAUGAUGUUCUGCAGAGCACAGCACUGAAGUCAUACCUGCCUCCAACUUCAAAGACAACGAGUCAACCACCUGUGUUCAGUGCAAACCAUUCCACAGAAGAGAUACUGUCAAUAAUGGCCAAGACAAAGGGCUUGGAAGUUCCAGCCGUGUCUAUGUCUCUUCCCACUAAAGUUCUGAACACACACCGGAAGUCUCUGAAUCUUGUUGAUAAUCCUCAUUUCUUUGAGACAAAGGACCGUGAAAAUGUUUUGCACUUACCUAAAGAUGCUCAUGGUGAUUUGGAUUGCAGGAAGCUUGUUGAUCAGCUGAAGGAAUGUCCAACACUCCAUGAUCAAGCAGAUAUCUUGUAUAUCUUGCAUAUACUCAAAGGUGCUGACUGGGACACAGAGCUGGAUGGACAGUAUGGUGUCACUGUUCAUUGCCUCCUCAACGAGCUCUACAGAAAGGCAGGUCUCAAUCAAGAAUGGGGCUUAAUCCGCUACAUUUCUGGCAUACUGAAAAAGAGAGUUGAAGUCCUGGCUGAGGCAUGCACAGACCUUCUGUCACACCACAAGCAACUUACAGUGGGCCUGCCACCAGAACCCCGUGAGAAAAUCAUUACCACCCCACUGCCACCUGAGGAGCUCACAGAUCUCAUUUAUGAAGCCAGUGGCCAAGACAUCAGUAUUGCAGUCCUGACUCAGGAAAUAAUUAUGUACUUGGCGAUGUACGUCCGGUCACAGCCCAGUCUUUUUGUGGAGAUGCUCAGGCUCCGCAUUGGUCUGAUAAUCCAGGUGAUGGCCACUGAGCUGGCACGAAGUCUGAAAUGCUCAGGUGAAGAAGCUUCAGAGAGCUUGAUGAAUCUAAGCCCCUUUGAUAUGAAAAGUCUCCUACAUCAUAUUCUCAGUGGGAAAGAGUUUGGAGUGGAAAGAAGCUUGCGACCUGUAGAUUCUUCUUCAUCCAGCCCUGCAAUUUCUAUUCAUGAGAUGGGGCAUUCUGGAGCAACCAAAACAGAAAGAAGUGGUAUUACUAAAUUGAAGAGUGAGAUGAAGCAGUUUUUUCAUGAGGGGUACUCCACGUCCAACAGCAUGUUUGCUUCCACGAGACUUCAGCAAUUCCAAGUAAGUCUGAAGCUCCAAAUGUGUCAUGGAGAGACAGGAAGUUUCCAGCUACACAUGCCCUUUGAACAGAGGGGCAGUACUCCAUCAUCUCCCACCAGUACUUCUCCAACUGGCUCCGGUGGAGACAUGAGCUGGGGUGACAGAAAAGGGCAGUGGCUGCGCAGGAGGAGGCUUGACGGUGCUAUUAACAGAGUUCCUGUUGGCUUUUAUGAGAAAGUGUGGAAAAUCCUUCAGAAGUGCCAUGGUCUGUCCAUUGAUGGGUAUGUCCUUCCUUCUUCAACCACCAGAGAGAUGACCCCAUGCGAAAUCAAGUUUGCAGUGCACGUGGAGUCGGUGCUGAACCACGUCCCCCAGCCUGAGUACAGGCAGCUCCUGGUGGAAGCUAUUCUGGUCCUCACGUUCCUCUCUGACAUCGAGGUGAACAGCAUCGGGGGCAUCAUCCACGUGGACAGAAUUGUGCACAUGGCCAAUGACCUGUUUCUGCAGGAGCUGAAAUCAUUUGGAGCUACUGGUAGUAUCUUGGAGAAAGACGUAGCCACGGGAAUUUGCCACUUUUUUUAUGACAGUGCUCCCAGUGGAGCCUAUGGCACCAUGACUUACCUAACAAAAGCUAUAAUUAUUUAUUUACACGAUUUCCUGCCCAGCACAGGCUGUGCAAUGCAGUAAGUGAUGCCUCAAGCGGAGGGAAGGCUCGGAGGCUCUUCCUCCCCAGUUCCCUGUCACAAACCCCUUGGCUGUGGUUGCUGCCCGUGUGUGCCAUCCACUCCCCCAGCAUUUGGCCCUGCUGGGGAUGCUGUGUGCACAUUGACCUGCUGGGGACAGGGAGCUGGAAUUUGGCCUGGUUUUAGGAGAGUGUGCAAGAAAUAACAAAUAACGAGGCUUAUUCUGCCCAAAGUGCAUAAAUGUAAUUUGUAUUAAAUUAGCAAGGAUUAUACAGUUCUGCCAAGGGGAAAACAGAUUACUCUGUGGAGAUCAAAAGGCAUAAUAAAAUGAGGGAGCUGCAUCUUGGGGACGGUCUCACAAAUAAGGGAAGUGAUGGAAUUCAUUAAUUUUUCUCCUGCUGUGUGUAAAUGUACAUCAUUGUGAAUCACUAAUGCACAGUGUGAAACAUCCAGGGAAAAUAGAGGAGUAAGAAUAACUUGAAAUAACGUGGUGGUAUUUCUAAUACACUUUUACCCUGAUUCUCUUCUCAUUUGCACCUAGUCAGUGCAAGGCUAAGGCCAGUAGGGACAAACUUCCUACAAUAUCCACUAAUUUGAGUGGAUAGCCUCUGUCAGGAAGCUGCAUCUGUCUUUAAUCUGAACAAAAUAGCUUCCUUCCCUGCAUCCCCAAGACUUUGGAGGCAAAAUCUCAAGACUCCAGCUUCUCCAAUGUGACAGACAGUUUUAUGCCUGUAAUCCUUUCCUCUGAAUGGAGCAAGAUAAACCUUUUCCCCUUGAGCACCCUUUCCAAGUCUCCUGAUCAUUUCCCUUGCAAACAGCCUCAGAGUUAAGAAUGGCAUUAUUGUGGCCUUUCCAGUGUAGCGUGAGUUUAUGGAAGGCUUUGAUGUUUCUCUUUUUUCUUUUUCUUUUCUUUUUUUCCUUUUCCAUUUUUUCUUUUUCUUUUUUUUUCUUUUUAAUUUGAAGUCACACUGGUCUCAUGUAGUUAGGGGUUGGGCUGCCUGGAAGUCUCCCUGCAGACAGUUCCCAGGUUAAUGCUGUCCACUGGAAGCUCUGAGAUGCUGCAGGGAGAAUAGGUGUGUCCCCAGGCAUUGGCAGUGGUUUUCCUUGUGCCUGUGCUGCUGGCUUUGCCACCAGCCACAUGUCAGCACCUGGCUGACAGCUUAGGAAAGUGGCAGUAGCUUCAGCCUCUCCAUGGCCACAGACAGGUUCCCUCAGCAGCACUGCUGCCAUGUGAGCAGAAAGGAUCAGAGCAAUUCUGUCUUGCCAGGCAGAGGGGAAAAGAGCAGAUAGGCCUGUAAAAAGUACUUUCUGAGCUAAUAAACCUGGUAAGAGUAUUUCUGUAAGCCUCCCCUCCACUCUUUCAGAACAUAACUGUGCCAUUUGUAUAGGAUUUGAAUUUUUUUUUUUUUUUGGUAACAAUAGUGUGUGGUGCUUUUGAGAGUGAGGUUUUUGUUUCCAGUAGAAGUAAUGUCCUGUCUCACUUGCCAGUUGCCAGCCCUCAUGGUCCCAGCAGGUCUGAGCUCCAAAGGCCAUGACACCCUGCCUGCUGUCCCUCUACAGAGUCACUGCUGCUGUAGCAGUAUCUGGGAACUGGUUCAAGAGAGUGAAGGUGUGGGAGGCCUUAGUGUGAGGUGAUAUAAUGUUUUUUUCAGAGACAGAGGAGUUUGGUAGUCCAGAGGACCAGGAGCCCUGUGUUAAACCGCCAUGGGAACCAUGGGCCUGUGCAGGGGCCAGUAUAAAGUGACAGUUCAGGUACAAUUAGCACUUGGGUGUAGAAGUCAUUUUAUUGGUGUGGUGCCUGUUUUGUAAGGGUUUGCCUUUGUUAUUGUUUAGUUUGGUUUUUUUAACUUUUCGUAUGUAUUGUGAGAGCUCUCUUGGCUUGUUUCCCAGUAAAAGGAAGUAAAAUCCUUUGUCUACUUUAAGCAGAUGUGACAGUGCAGAGCAUAAGCACACAACAGCAAGGUGAUAGUUUUUUAUUUUACCCGGUAUCAUACAAAAAGUAGUAGCAGUUAUUUUUGCUUUUCUUCUUGAAUCCUAGACUGUGAGAGAUGCAAGAUGACUUUUUGCAGAAACAAGAAGGCUGAUGUUGGUUUUACAUGCAGCUGCAUUGAAGUCUAAGGCAAUUAAAUGUAUGGACUAACAUACCUGGACACCCCUUAACACUUAUUUUUUUUAAUGGGAGUGUCAUUGGUGUUUUUAAUAUCAAAUUCACAAUAUGACCUAGGUUAUGGUAUAUUCAUGAUGGUCAUAAUGAAUUACCACGUGGAAUGCAGGCAAUUGAAAAGUAUUUAUGUAGUAAUUUGAAGAGUUUAGGUAGCUGGUGGUGAAGGGUGGGACUCAAACACAAGGCCAGUGGAAGGCAAACUAAUAUUACUUACAGGGUCAGGCACAGCUGCACCACCUUGCUGCUGUGUUACUGCUCAGAGUGAAGAACCAUUGCAACUGGAGAGUUGCCUUGCAGUGCAAACCCAAUUAUGCAACUAAGGUUUUACACAGACCCCCUGCUUUCCUGAAGAUCCCCUGGGUGUGUGAGGCUGCUGCAAAGCAGAGCUGGCACUGGCAGUGACCAGGGUGUGCUCCCAGAUAAAAUACAGGACGACUUUGCAGUUUGUGCAGGGCUGAGCUAAUUGGCAGAGGCUCUCCUUGGCUGUGCAGCCUCCCUGGGGAGCCACCAGAUGACACUGCCAGCUCCCAGCCCCUGGAAACUCACUUAUGGAAAGAAGGCAAAGGUGAACAGACACAUCCUGUGAAACAAGGGCAUUAGCGAAUUAAAAUAGACUCACCUGAGAGCUGCUUGUGCCAGCCUGACCAGCACUGCUGCCCCAACCAGUUUGCAGCUGUGAGGUCAGGAGCACCCACACAGUGCUGGGGGCAGCUGGGUGCACCUGGAGACAGGUGCAGGGCUGGGGUGGGGGGCAACUGGCAGAAUAAGGCUCUGUGUCCAGCUCAGAGCUCACACCACAUGCUGGCCCCAACCCUGCUCCCCCAGGUCAGUGCCCUCCCUGCUCACAGCUGUUGCUGCCGACAGGGACAUGGGUUUGUCAAACUAGACAGAUCAAAAGCACCACUGAUCUCCCUUAGCUGCUGGUCCCACAGGUAACUGUGAAAACUGAAUGGGUGGAGUACAAAGUCUGUCUGACUUCUCUGCUGCUAAUUGUAGUCUCCUUUCUCAGGGAAGGAGUCUUGCUUGUUCCCAGAAGGUGCAGGUGAGCCACAAAGUCCUUAGCUGCCCUGCAAAGGGGCAGCCACUUUCUGUGGGGUAGUGAAACACCUGGGCUGCCCCAUGUGGGCACAGGACACUGCAGGAAUGUGUCACCCCUCUGGCAGUAGCCAGGGCCUUGAGUGAGGUGGGAGCUUGAGUCAGUCCACGUCCAACCUUGGGCACUUUUUGGAGUGGUCUGCAGGUAGGAGCAGAGUUGCCCAGAAAGCAGGAGAGAGAUGCCACCCCUGGUGCCAUCUGUAGCUGUAGGGUAAGAGUUUGGGCACUCAUCUGCAGGUUGAUUCAGGUGCUGCUCAAAGGACCACUCACGUCUGGAAUAUUAAGUAGCUGCUGCAUAGAAUCAUGACUGAAAAAAGGGAUUGAGGAUGGGGGUUAUAGAAGAAGAGCUUCGGGUCAAACAGUUCGGAUUUAAGUAAAAGCAGCAGGGCUUUUUCCCACUCGCAGUUCCAGUCUCAAGUGGCAUGUAUUCCAGCAUUAGAUGUUUCAGUUACUCCCCUGCCACCCUCCUGUCAGGGGUAAGGGGGCUUUUUGUGCCACCAGCAGCUGACAGGACAGCACCUUCUUUUUUGGCUCAAUGAUUCAGCUCCUCAGUCCUGUAUCCCCAAAAGGCUCUCACUGCCUGCCAAGUGAACCUGUGCUGCAACUGUACCUUGGCAUCCCCUCUCAGGAAGUGAUCCCUCAAGGCCAGUCCCCUUCAUGCCAGGUUCAGGAACGUGUCCCUAGUGGGGAAGAUCCAUACCGGAGGCUGCCAGCCAUUCUUCAGAGCUCCUCUCUCUCGUUGCACACCCUGGCUUUGUCCUCUUUACUGGGGCAGGUGGCAAAGGAGGACUCCAGAGCUGUGGUGUCCAGUUCCACCUUGUCAUUUCACACCCACUGCAUGGAAGCAACAGUGGGAAGCAAGAUCCCACCACACACAGUGGUGUUUGGCCAUCGUAAGUGGAGCCUUUUUGUCACUCCACUGGAAUAAGGUGGGACUGAUCAGAUUAACUGCAUGCUAAAAAUAUACAUUGUGUAUUACCAAUGCCAUUGAAGUUUUACUGUAAAUUUUGUUUGCACUAUUAAAGAUUUUUCUUUUCUCCAAGGCGGUAGAAA